AGAGCGGGGCGCAUGCGCAGAACAGUGGUACGGGCGGAUGUGGUUGUUGUCGAAACGGCCGGGAGCACGUGAAGAGGGCAACGUCAUCAUAAACACUCGUAGCUAAGAUGGCGGCCCCUGCGGGCGGAAAGGUUGUAUAUGAACAAGAAGGCAUUUUUAUUCAUUCCUCCAGUGGAAACAAUGAUGAUCAGGAUUCUUUACUAUCUGGAAUACUCCGAGUCAUUGAAAAGGAUACUGAAGUGGUAGUAGAAUGGCGGCCAGUGGAUGAGUCGUUAGACUCUUCUAAUAUUCUGUAUGCAAGGAAGGAUUCCAGUUCAGUUGUUGAGUGGGUGCAGACUCCUAAAGAGAAGACUCUACGAGGGCCAGAGCAUAUGAACAGUUAUGAGGCAGAAUGGGAUAUGGUCAACACAGUCUCUUUCAAAAAGAAAGCACAUUCCAAUGGAGAUGCUACUGUUCGUACAAAUGGAGAGAACAAUUGGUCCUUCCUGUUCAGUUUGGCAGAUUUAAAAUCCAUUAAACAAAACAAAGAAGGAAUGGGAUGGUCUUACGUAGUGUUCUGUUUAAAGGAUGAUGUUGUCCUUCCUGCUCUUCACUUCCAUCAUGGAGACAGCAGCACGUUCAUCCAGUUGCUUAAAAAAUAUCUGGUACUCUGUGAAUCUCCACAGGAUAAAAGGAUUCUUGUGAACUGUCAGAGUAUUCAACAGUCCUUUGAAAAUCUUCUGGAUGAACCAACAUACGGUCUAAUACAGAAACUGAAGAAGGACCCUUACACAGCAACCAUGGGAGGAUUCUCCAAAGUGACCCACUUUAUAUUUGAUAGUUUACGAGGAAGCGACUCGUCAUCUCAACAGAGGCCUGAAUCAGAAAUGGCAGACUUCAUUAGUGAUGCUAUUCCGGGACUGAAAAUAAAUCAGCAGGAAGAACCAGGAUUUGAAGUUAUUACACGAAUUGAUUUAGGAAAACGACCUGAAGUUCACAGAAGACAGCCAGUGUCAGUUGAAGAAUGGAUUAAGAACAUGGAUUCUGAAGGAAGAGUCUUAAAUGUUGACUCUAUGAAGCAAAUAAUAUUCAGAGGGGGACUUUGCCAUGCUUUGAGAAAGGAAGUGUGGAAAUUUCUUUUGGGCUAUUAUCCUUGGUAUAGUACCAAGGAAGAGAGAAUACUUAUACAGAAAAGAAAAAUAGAUGAAUAUUUCAGAAUGAAGCUUCAGUGGAAAUCUGUUAGUGAAGAACAAGAAAAAAGGAACUAUAGACUGCGAGACUACAGAAGCCUUAUUGAAAAAGAUGUAAACAGAACAGACCGAACAAACAAGUUUUACGAAGGCCAGGAUAAUCCAGGGUUGAUCUUGCUUCAUGACAUUUUGAUGACAUAUUGUAUGUAUGAUUUUGACUUGGGCUAUGUUCAGGGGAUGAGUGACUUACUUUCACCUAUUCUAUAUGUGAUGGAGAAUGAAGUGGAUGCUUUUUGGUGCUUUGCAUUGUACAUGGAGCAAAUGCACCAGAAUUUCGAAGAGCAAAUGCAAGGCAUGAAGACACAACUAAUUCAACUGAGUACAUUACUUCGCUUGCUAGACAGUGGAUUCUGCAGUUACUUGGAAUCUCAAGAUUCAGGUUAUCUUUAUUUUUGCUUCCGGUGGCUUCUAAUAAGAUUCAAAAGAGAAUUUAAUUUUCAAGGUAUUCUUCGUUUAUGGGAGGUGAUGUGGACAGACUUGCCUUGUCAGAACUUCCAUCUUCUUAUCUGUUGUGCUAUCCUGGAAUCUGAAAAACAACAAAUAAUGGAAAAACAUUAUGGUUUUAAUGAAAUACUGAAGCAUAUCAAUGAACUGUCUAUGAAAAUGGAUGUGGAAGAUGUGCUUUGCAAAGCAGAAGCCAUUUCUAUGCAGAUGAUGAAUUGCAAGGAGUUGCCUCAAGCGGUCUGUGAGGUUUUGGGAUUAGAAGACAGUGCUGUAACAACACCAGAUUCGGACACUGGGGAAGAUGAGACUGCUGAUAGAAUCACUUGCCCUUCAUCAGCAUAUCCAAAUAGCCACAUGCCUAUUACGACUGUCAAUGGGACAAACAAGCACAUUGAACAAAUGACCCACACAGUGCCGACAAACUGAUAGUUGUUUUGGGCGAAUUUUUGAUGAGACACUUAUCAGCUCUUUUUGUUUGUUUGUUUCAAGCACUUCGGGUGGAUAUUUAAGAUAUUGUGUUGAUUUAAGCUUUAAAGAUUUGGAAAGGAGAUUGUGUACUGUAAUACUCUUGAAUGAAAGCUUUACAACAUGAGCUAAUUAUUUUUGUAGUUUCUUCUACCAAAAUAGCCUUUGGGUUUCAGUAACAUUCCUUAAUACAUCUGUAGCCAACUGCAUAUUUUGUCUUCUCUUCAUGGAAAGGGGAAUCAGGUGAAGUGAAUGGCUUGGAAAUAAAUGCUUCUGUAUUGCUUUUACUUUGAAAAGUCUUGAGCACUGAUGGUUCUUGGAUAUCAUAAGAGUAGAAGAACUUCUUCUCUACUGCUUCCUUAUUGAAAAGAUGCUAAGAUGCUUUGUAAAUGAACGGCAUGUGUUCUUUCUGAAAUGUUUACAAAAACACUUUCCAAGUAUUGUGCUUGAAUGUAGAUUUGCAGUGAGGAUUUUUGCUUGUGCAGUUCCCUGAUCCUGAAUUUUGCAUAAUCCGGGAGUGAUUGAACUGUAUACUUUUGCAUUUUAACAUCUCUUCACUUAUACAUAUGUAUGUAUAAAUUAGACACAUAUUCAUACUUGUGAGUAUUAAAGGAUAAAUCUAUUUUUGACUAAA